AUGUGUGAUCCUAGAGCUGAACCAGAGUUCUGGAGGAUUUGGAAGGAAUUCGAAGUUGCACACGGCAACGAGGAUACUCUGCGUGAAAUGCUCCGUAUCAGGCGUAGUGUACAGGCUACCUACAACACCAAAGUCAGUUUCAUGGCGAGUCAUUUGGCAGCCGAAGAAUUACAGCCGGCAGAUGCUAUGCAGACCGUGGAGUCGGAGGUUACCGCUGAGGGGUCGGUAAAUGCCAGCGGCAAGCCCAUGAUUAUAUUCAAGUCAGCUGGCAUUCGGCAACCCGACACGCUUCCGGGCACCACGAAGGCGCCAGCCAAGGCGGAGGUCUCGCAAAAUCCGGAAGCCAUCAACAUCGAUCUCCCAAUGGAAGAUGAGGAAGAGGAGGAAGAGACCGGCCAAGGCGAAGGGAAGGACACACAUGGAGAGGGUGCGAACGAGGAGACUGAGGUCAUAGUCGAAAACGAGGAGGGCAUUGAUGGGACCACUUCUAGACUCCUCAUCGAAAAGCAGCAUGUGCCAGCCUCCGUCUUCGGUAGCCUGAAAAAUGACGAAGAUGACUGA